AUGUCCUGCCAGCAGAAAAAACAGGAGUGUCAGCCUCCUACCAAGAACCUUUCCGAAUGUCCACCAAAGUGCCCCCCUCCAGCCCCUCAAUGUCCUGCUCCCUGUGCAUCUGCCUGCUCACCACCUCCACCUCCCUGCGAACCCCCAGAUACCUCUUCCUGUGUCACCACUUUCUCUGCAUCUGGCUUUGGAAGUAGUUGUUCUCUGGUAACCCGGAUUCCUGAUGUCUGCUUCGCCGCACCUUCCAGCUGCUGUGAAAAUGACUCCUCUUGCAAUCCCAGUUGCAACCAUGAUCCUGGGAGCUGCAACUGA